CUCCCCACCCAGCCCACAACCUUAUCGCAAAAACAACCUCAUCUCAUUUCUCUCACCAGCCCUCUUUUCCCACAACACAACCCCGAAUUUCCCAUACCCCCCAAACGCCAAACGUUAAUUUAGUUGUCAUGAAGCUAAUUCCCCGUGAGGUUUGUUAACCUUAUUUGAUUAUCUUAUGUUCCGCUACACUUUUCUUCCCUCCCGAGGAAUGGAGGUUAACCGACUAGACAGCUUGACAAGCUCGUGAUUGUUUCGCUGGUUGGUUCUUUGGCGCAGAAACGCCUUGCAAGGGGUGUUAGGUUGAAUGAGACCGAGGCUAGGGUAUUUUUCCCAACUAAAUUCAAUUAAUCAAGUGAUUGCGAUCGUGAUUUCUGGGGCUAAUUUCCUUUCUCCUCCAAUAAGGCACUCAUUUCUAAUAAUCUUCAAGAGGUAAUAUUAUUUUUGUCCCGGAGUGGUGGUAAUGUUAAUAGCUAAUUCCGCCUAGUUGAUCCGCGAUGGAAAAUACAGUGUCGACGAACUCGUGACAGAAGGCAAGACCAUGCUCGGGCGCAGACACGUUCUCCCGCACGUAGCCAGUACUCUGAAAGAGAUCCAAGUAGAAGGAACAUUCCCGGACGGAACUUAUCUCGUCACAAUUUGCUCCCCAAUUUCAUCCGAGGAUGGGGAUCUCGAAAAAGCACUCUAUGGUUCUUUUCUGCCAAUCCCUUCUCAGGACUUGUUCCCCUUUGUGGAUGUGUCAGAAUACGAACACGAGAAGCAACCGGGUGCCGUUAUAGCAGUUAAAGGGCCGAAGAUUGUCCUCAAUGAAGGGAGAAAUAGGUGCAUUCUUCGUGUCACCAACAGGGGUGACAGACCAAUCCAGGUCGGGAGUCACUACCACUUCAUCGAAGUCAAUCCGCACCUAGAGUUUGACAGGAUCCGAGCCUUUGGCUAUCGUCUCGAUAUUCCUGCUGGGACUGCUACUCGCUUUGAACCAGGGCAAAUUAGGACGGUCAACCUUGUCCAGAUUGGCGGACGCAAAAUCAUAACUGGAGGGAACAAUGUUGCUACUGGGCGCCUUGAGAUAGGUAGGAUUCCGGGGAUUCUGGAGAAUUUGCAAAAGGGUGGGUUUUCUCACGUCCCUACUCCGGUCAUAUCGCUUGAGGGAGUUGAGCCGUAUUCCAUGGAUAGGGCUGCCUAUGCCGCUAUGUUUGGUCCCACUACCGGCGACAUGGUGCGCUUGGGUGAUACCAAGCUUUGGAUUAAGGUCGAGAAGGACUAUACUGUCUACGGGGACGAAUGCAAGUUUGGCGGCGGAAAGUCACUGAGAGAGGGAAUGGGCCAGGCAAGCGGCAGAUCCGAUGCUGAAACUUUGGACCUGGUCAUUACCAAUGCGCUUGUUGUGGACUAUACUGGCAUUUAUAAAGCCGACGUCGGUGUCAAAGGCGGUUUUAUCACUGGUAUCGGAAAGGCAGGAAAUCCGGACAUGAUGGAAGGUGUGCAUGAGGGGAUGGUUGUGGGCUCUAACACUGAUGUUAUCGCCGGGGAAGGGAAAAUCCUCACGUAUGGUGGUUUCGAUUCUCAUGCAAGUACUCCCUAACGCAUUUUUGCGCGGUCUAGUACUAAUGUGCUAUAAGGUCCACCUCAUCUGUCCCCAGCAAGCAGAGGAGGCAUUGGCAUCGGGCAUUACCACGAUGCUAGGCGGUGGUUGCGGUCCAACGUGAGUUCUUCCCCUAAUAUUGAGUUACACUGGGUAAAACUUUAUAAUAGCACUGGAACGAAUGCAACAACCUGCACCCCAUCAAUGUUUCAAAUUCGUCAAAUGCUGCAGGCAGUCGAUACCCUUCCUGUAAAUUUCGGUAUAACCGGCAAAGGCAACGAUUCCUCUCCAGAGGGGUUAGAGGACCAAUGCCGUGCCGGAGUUGUUGGUCUCAAGCUUCAUGAAGACUGGGGAACCACGCCGGCUGCAAUAGACACGUGUCUAUCCGUCUGCGACAAAUAUGAUGUCCAAUGCCUCAUCCACACGGAUACGCUCAAUGAAUCUGGCUUUGUGGAACAGACCAUUGGCGCUUUUAAAGACCGUACGAUCCAUACUUACCAUACCGAGGGAGCGGGUGGCGGUCAUGCGCCGGAUAUCAUACGCGUCGUGGAACAUCCCAAUGUUCUCCCCUCCUCGACUAACCCUACCCGCCCUCUGACCAAGAACACAAUUGCGGAGCAUCUCGACAUGCUAAUGUGUUGUCAUCAUCUGUCAAAGGAACUUCCUGAGGACAUUGCUUUUGCGGAAUCUCGUAUUCGUGAAGAGACUAUUGCUGCGGAAGAUGUCCUCCACGACAUGGGAGCUAUCUCAAUGAUGUCCUCGGAUUCACAGGCAAUGGGCCGUUGUGGCGAGGUGAUUCUCCGGACCUGGAAAACUGCAUCAAAAAAUAGAGGGGAGAUAGGUCCCCUGGAGGAAGACAAGAAACUCGAAGCAGACAAUACCCGUGUGAAACGCUACAUUUCAAAGUACACUAUUAACCCUGCCAUCGCGCACGGGAUGUCACAUCUUGUCGGUUCCGUUGAAGUAGGCAAACUCGCAGAUCUAGUCAUCUGGACUCCUGCCAACUUUGGCACAAAACCCACACAGGUUUUGAAAUCCGGGCUCAUUGCAUACGCACAAAUGGGUGAUCCAAACGCUUCUAUUCCAUCUGUCCAGCCAGUCCUAGGAAGGAAAAUGUUCGCAGCAAGUGUGCCCGAGGCGAGCAUUACGUUCGUCUCCCGUGUCUCCCUGGAAACUGGGACGGUGCAAGCCUAUGGUCUGAGGAAGCGUGUGGAACCUAUCCUGGGAUGCCGUGGGAUCGGCAAGAAGGAUAUGAAGUAUAAUGAUGCGAUGCCGAAGAUGCAGGUCGAUCCAGAGAAAUUUGUAUGUUUCCUGUUUAAUUUGCAUGGACUGUUGUGAAUGGUGCUAAUAGGAGUGUAGACUGUUGUUGCCGACGGGGUAACAUUGAAGAGUCCUGUUUCCGACAAGCUACCAUUGACUCAAGGAUACUUCAUGUUUUAGUUUGGAUUUCCUACUUGUUUGUUUUUCGUGGGUGGAACGGAAUAGCAAGCUUGAGAAAGUGUUGAAUAGUCUGGAUUGGUCCCGGGGGAUGGUAUCCUUCUGUUUAACCCUCUCGAGUGAUAUAUUGUGAUGUGAAUACCUUGUGUGACGAACAAUAUGGUCAUGUGCUCGUAGACUGUUGAUGAUGUGCCGAGUGGGUGCCCGGGUUUUAUGUUAGGUAAAGCACUUUAUCGAUACUCAUCCGUAGCUGCAU